AUGGAUGAAGUACUUAAAUUACUUCACUCAAAAUAUGGCGAUAUAUUUGAAAUAUGGUUUGGUAGUGAACGUGCAAUUGUUUUAUGUCAUCCAAAAUAUAUGGUUAAAAUACAUCAAACAUCUACUAAAAGUAAAUAUAUAAAAAGGUUCUUUCGUUCUGAAGGUAAAGAAUAUGGUUUAGUUGAUAGUGGAGUUUUUAAUAAUAAUGAUAUCCAUGGUUCUUGGAAGUUUAAUAGAAUGGUUUUUAGCAAUGCAUUAAUGCGUCCAAAGUUAGAUAGGGAUGCAUUAAAAUGGACUAUAGAAUUGGUCAAAGAAAUGGAAUCAUGUUGGCGUAGAAUUGGUAUUAUAAUGGGAGAGAAAGAUGUGAACAAAUCUUUAAUAGAGAAUGAUGAAGUGAUAAAUCUUCCAAAUUGGAUGCGUAGAUUUACAUAUGAUAUGAUAUAUAGAAUAGCAAUCGGUAUUAAGGGAGAUGCACUUAACUCAUAUACUAACAACCUAUUUGGUGUUAAUAAUCAAGAAACUGAAUCAAAUAGUAUUAUAACUAGUACUCAAACCUAUGCUGAAGGAAUUAUGUAUUUUCGUUUAUAUUCAAAAUAUGUUCGUAAUUAUGUUCCAUAUAUACGAGGAAUUGUUCGUAGAUAUUUAGAUAAUAAAGAAUAUUUAUAUGGAAAAUUAACCGAAAUAAUUGAAAGACGUCGACGAGAGAUUAAUGACACACCAAUAAACGAAGCAUUAAGGAAUGAUAUAUUGACUUCUUUUAUUAUUGCAAAUACUGAUAGAGAUACGCAUAAAGAGAAAUACAUAGAAAAGUAUAAAGAUGUAGUUAUGAGACCUAUGAAGAAUGAAGAGAUUUGUGGAAAUUUAAUUGAUGCAUUUAUUGGAGGGACCGAUACUACUGCAAAUUUAUUCUGCUUUAUUGUUUACUACCUAGCACAUCACCCACAUGUUCUAACCCGCCUCCGUCAAGAACUUGACUCAAUAUUCCAUGAUGAUAUAACACGAACAAUCACACUUAAAGAUUUAGAUAACCUUAAAUAUUGCGAAUCGAUAAUUAAAGAGGUGGCUCGACUACAACCUGUGAUUUCCUCAAAUAUUCGUUUAAACUCGGAAGAAGAUGAAAUCUGUGGAUAUAUUUGGCCUGCUAAUACUGUAUUUCUGUUAUUUUAUGGUGGCAUGUCUAAACGCCCUGAUGCAUGGAAUGAACCACUGAAAUUAAACCCUGAUAGAUUUUAUAAUUAUAUGACUAAUGAUAAAGUUAACAGUGACAAUGGUCAUGAGGAUUUAGGUAAAGAUCAAAAUAUAGGAGAAAAAUCAGAGAAUGGAGAUGAUAUAAAAAAUUCAUUCGUGAUGUUUGGAGGUGGAUUACGUAUGUGUCCAGGAAGAAAAUUAGCAAUGAUUGAAUUGAAAUGUUUAGUAACUAUGAUUUAUAGAAAGUAUGAUGUUGAAUUAAUUGAUAUGAAUGCGCCACUUAAAACCAAAUCUACUUUCAUUACAACUUGUGAAGAGUUAUUAUUUAGAUUAAAAUUAAGAAAAUAA